GGAGGAGGAGGAGAUCCUGCGGGGAGCAGGAAGCGGCUGAAGAAGCCUCACGAGCCCCGGAACAGCGUCGACGGCAGCGGCCGUCCUCCAUAAUGUGACUCCCUCGGAGCGGCAUGUCUCAGCGGUGAACCCGUAGAAGCCACGAUGACGGGCUGCGGUAUGCGCUGCUCGGUGGGCUUUCUGUCCCGCAGAGAGCUGACGGGGCAGCCGCUCCUGAAGGAGGAAUUCCAGCGGCGCAGGCUGGCGGGCUGCACCAGCCUCUACAAGAAAGACAUGCUGGGACACUUCGGCUGCGUCAACGCCAUCGAGUUCUCCAACAGCGGCGGAGAGUGGCUGGUGUCCGGAGGAGACGACCGGCGGGUUCUGCUGUGGCACAUGGAGAAAGCCCUCCACGGUCUGGCCAAGCCGGUCAAGCUGAAGGGCGAGCACCUGUCCAACAUCUUCUGCCUGGCCUUCGACAGCUCCAACACCAAAGUCUUCUCCGGCGGAAACGACGAGCAGGUGAUCCUUCACGAUGUGGAGAGGAGGGAGACCCUGAACGUCUUCCUGCACAUCGACGCCGUCUACAGCCUGUCCGUCAGCCCCGUCAACGACAACGUCUUCGCCAGCUCGUCUGACGACGGCAGAGUUCUCAUCUGGGACACUCGCGAGCCGCCACAUGGAGAGCCCUUCUGCCUGGCCAGCUACCCCUCAGCCUUCCACAGCGUCAUGUUCAACCCCGUGGAGCCGCGGCUGCUCGCCACCGCCAACUCCAAGGAGGGCGUUGGAUUGUGGGAUAUCCGCAAGCCGCGCAGCUCGCUGCUGCGUUACGGCGGCAGCAUGUCCCUGCAGAGCGCCAUGAGCGUCCGCUUCAACAGCACGGGCACGCAGCUGCUGGCGCUGCGGCGCCGCCUGCCGCCCGUCCUCUACGAGCUGCACUCCCGCCUGCCCAGCUUCCAGUUCGACAACCAGGGUUACUUCAACUCCUGCACCAUGAAGAGUUGCUGCUUCGCCGGGGACCGCGACCAGUACAUCCUGUCCGGAUCGGACGACUUCAACCUUUACAUGUGGAAAAUCCCCAAGGACCCGGAAGCAGGAGGCCCGGGUCGAGUGGUGAACGGGGCCUUCAUGGUCCUGAAGGGUCAUCGCUCCAUCGUCAACCAGGUCCGCUUCAACCCCCACACCUACAUGAUCUGCUCCUCCGGAGUGGAGAAGGUCAUCAAGGUGUGGAGUCCGUACCAGCAGCCGGACAGCCAGGGCGACCUGGAGGGCCGGGUGGAGGACAAGUGCCGCAGCCUCUACACCCAUGAGGAGUACAUCAGCCUGGUUCUGCACAGCGGCACCGGUCUGGCCCACGAUUACGUCAGCCAGUCCAUCCGCGAGGAUCCGCGCAUGAUGGCGUUCUUCGACUCCUUGGUCCGGCGCGAGAUCGAGGGGUGGAGCUCUGACUCUGACAGCGACCUGAGCGAGGAGGCCAUCAUGCAGCUUCACGCUCGCGGCCGCCGCUCCACCCGCGCCGCUGCCGCCGCAGCUCCUGCAGCAGCUGCCGACCCCCGCACCGACUCGGGUAACUCCUCCUCUUCCUCCCUUGCCGGACCGGACGCUUCAGGAGGCGAGGAGCAAGCAGGAGACGGAGACGACGGGGAGGACGGGGAGGAGCGUCCCAGGAGGCGGAGCAGACGGCCAUCCGGGCUGCCAGAGGACUCGGACUCCAGCGAGUUCUGGCUCGAUCCGAUGCCGCGACCGCGAUCCCCGAGCCCGAGGGACAAUUCUGUUCUGUCUAGCCCCGCCUCCUCUCCUUCGCUCCCCGCCGGAGCCUCCAGCCCCUCCACCUCCACGUCCAGCUCCAGCAGCGACGACGAGGAGUGGCGCAGCGCCGUCAGGCGCCGCAACGUCAUGAGGCGGCGCCGCAUGAACGUGGCGUCCAGAGCCGGGGAGCGACCCGAGUCCGUGCAGGCUCUGUUCUCCCCCCUGGACUCCUGCAGCUACCCCUCCAUCUCAGUGGAGGACCCCUCCUCUUCCUCCACAGACGAAGGAAAGAACUCUGCUCAGGCGAAGCCCCAAAGCUGUCCCGCCAAAGACGAGGACAGCCGUCUGAGCCCUUCGGACUUUGUGUGCCACAGUCCAGAAAUGGCCCCCGAGAGCCAGGAGGGCGGGGGCCACGAGGUGGGGGAACCCACCGGGUCAACGGACCCCCACCGGACCGCCACGUAUGGAUCCGACAGCAGAGAGGCGUGCACCGCCUCCCAGAGCCCGGAGGUGAAUGGACAGCACCGGCCCGCCUCACCUGCCAUAGGGGGCGUGUCCUCAGACUCAGAGGAAGCGGCAGGACUUUCAACUGAGGACGUUCGGCUGCAGAGCGAAAAAGGAGCAGCGAAGAAACGGACUCAUGCGGGGGCACAUCCGUCAGGCUCCUCCCCCUCAGAAAAGAAGCUGAAGACAUAAUGACUCCGCCCCCUCACCGUCUGAAAGGCGGGUUUUCUACAAACUUUCAGAACUCUGCUCCUUCAGUUUUCGCAGACGUGAAGACCGGGAGAGAUUUUCAACCCGGUCUGUAUCGUCCUGUUUCAGUCCUAACAGAACCCGCUCAAUAAUGCUGAGAACCGUUUUAUUUUAAUGUGGAUUAUUUGGUUUGACACUCGUCACACUGGGGGGGGUUUAGAACCCUCCCAGCAGAAACAUAGAUUUUAUGAUGAAGCAGCUUCACGGCUUCAGUAAAGGAUCUGUUCUGCGUCAUCCUCCAGUCCCUGGAGCUGCUUCGGUUCUGGUUUCAAUAAAUCCUAUUUGUUCCCCAAA